GUCACGCCAUGCUUAUGCAAACGUCAAUGUCGAUUACACUAUAUAAACUUCAACAUCAAAAAGCACAAAAAAGCUGAACUGAAAACGUUAACUACUCAAAAAAUCCAAAAUGAUCGUUCCUAAACUUGGAAGAUUUCAUUCUUCCGGUAGUUUUGCAGGAUCUCGGAGUGUUCUCGCGAUAAUCCUAGCAAGAGGACCGCGUUUAGGUGCUGUGAAUAUAAGAAGUUGUUGUCAGAUGCAAGGUGGUUAUUUUCCCAAGAUUUCAACGCCUUCUGCUCCAUAUUCGGUUCGCACAAUGUAUACGAGUUCAUAUUGCUGUCAAAAUUUACCUCACUUCAAAGAAUCUCAAAAUGAUGCAGCUUGUAAGGACAGUAAGAAAGAGGACAGCCCUUACCUUUUGCCUCACCCAAUUUGGACUGAAGAAGAUGUCAAUAAGGUUAAAAUCACUCACAAGGAACCACAAGACAAAAUUGACAAGGUAGCUUACUACUCCGUGCAGCUGUUGCGCACAGCCUUUGAUUUGGCUUCUUUUUAUAAGAUAGGACCCAUGACAGAAAACAAAUGGUUAAAUCGUAUCAUCAUGCUAGAGACUGUUGCAGGUGUGCCAGGAAUGAUAGGAGGCAUGGCAAGACACCUCAAGUCCCUACGACGCCUGUCACGUGACCAUGGCUGGAUCCAUACACUGUUAGAAGAGGCAGAGAACGAGCGCAUGCAUUUAAUGACAGCUCUCGAAAUGAAGAAACCAGGUGCCCUCUUUAGAGGAGUCAUCAUCGCAGCACAAGGUGUGUUUGUCAAUAUGUUCUUUAUUGCUUAUAUGAUAAGUCCUCGGUUCUGUCAUCGUUUUGUUGGUUACCUGGAAGAAGAAGCAGUCAAGACAUACACUUACUGCUUAAAGUGCAUUGAUGAAGGAAAGCUGCCAAAAUGGGAGCAGAUGAAAGCUCCCCAAAUUGCUGUUAAUUACUGGAAAUUGGGGGAGGAUGCAAUGAUGAGAGAUGUCAUUCUAGCAAUCCGUGCUGAUGAAGCGCACCACCGUGUGGUCAACCACACCCUCGGCACCAUCAACCCUCAUGAGCCAAACCCCUUCUUGCCAGGACAACGAAAACUAUGACCCAAGGUCAAGGUCAAUACAUCAGGAUGCAAGAUUUUGAGUUUAUGUUCAAGCUAACGAGUGUUGUCUAUAGUUUGUUUAUAUAGGUGGGCCCUAUGUAUAUAAACAUGAUAAGCAUUGUCAGUGAUGCCAGUGUGCCAACCUCCGGACCCCAAAGUGAGAAGGUCAAGACAAUAGGGGUCCAAGAUAAGAACCCAAUUUUGUUCAUUUAGAUGGUGGAUACUACACCCCUAGAGACCUGUCUAAUGCUCAAUAUUGGGUAUCCACAUAUAUUUUCUAUAUGAUUUUAAACAUAUUUUUACCAUAGAUUAUUAAUUCCUUGCGUGCUAAUUUUCAUCAUCGAUAAGAGGACAGACCAAUGAGCUGACGUCAAUGAGCACGCGCUCUUUCCGUUGGUCUUUAUUGUUGCAUUUUUUUGGGGUAAAGAAAAAAAAAAUCAAGGUCCCUUUUCUAUGGUCUGUACUCUCAUCGAAACUUUGCAGUGAAACCAAUUGAGUUUGGAUCAUAUGCUAACGCCAUUCCAUGUUCGAUAAGAGUACAGACCAUAGAAAAGGAAAGGGACCUCGAUUGGUUGGUUGGUUGGAUUGUCAACUGGUUGGCAGCUUAAAUAACAAUAUUGAAACGAAUUAUAUAGUAUGCCCAGCUAUUCCAUUGCGUCUUCAACGUUAAGAAUGAAAUGUAUAUUACUUCGUUAAGGUUGUCAAUAAUUAAUAAUCAUUAUUGAUUAUCUUGGUUAUGUUGAUAUCAGCUUUUUAAAUGCUAUUUUGCUCAACAAGCACCAGAUGAAUUAAUUAUUAUUUAUAAGGAUGAUCAUUAACUAUUAUUAUGUAUAAAUGAAAUAUAUUUGAAAAACUGCAAAUAAUCAAAAUCAGUCGUAAAAGAAACUUAAAGUGAUUUGAUAUCCAUUAAUUGAUUAAGAUUGUAAAAUGUAUAGUUUGAUCAAGUGAAAUUAAAAGAAUAAUACUACAUA